AUGGUGGUUGGUAGACGUAACGCAGAUUAUCAGGCUUUUUCCAAAAAGCUGAGACAGAAAUUGGAAGAGGAAGAUGAUAUGAUAAGCCAAUUGCCAGAUCCUCUGAUAUGUCAGAUACUUUAUCAUCUCCCCACAAAGGAAGCUGUUAAAACAAGCGUCUUAUCAACCAGAUGGAGAAACCUCUGGCUCUCUGUUCACAGUGUGGAUUUAUCAUCUUGGGAUUUCCAAAAUCUCAACGACUUUGUGAGUUUCAGUGAUAGUUUGUUCGAUUACAAUAGAGUUUCUUGCAUACACAGAGUCAAGUUAAGCAUUGAAGAACGUGUAAAAGCCGGUUUAGAUGUUGUCUCUUAUGUCAAGUCAUGGAUUGAUUCUGGUGUUAAGCAUAAGAUUCAGCAUUUGCAUGUUCGUUGUCCUCCAGAGUUUUGUUACGAGUUGCCUCCAAGUCUUUACAUUUGUGAUACAUUGGUGAUCUUAGAGCUGUACAAGAUGAACAUGGUGAAUGCAGAGUUUGUUUCUUUGCCUCGUCUCAAGACUUUGACUUUAGAAGACUGUUGGUAUUCGAAUGAGUCCACUUUCGAGAGACUUGUCUCGUCUUGCCCUGUAUUGGAGGAGUUAAAAGUUGACAUAGCUUGGAAUGAUACAAAGGUCUUCAAGGUGAAGUCUAAGUCGCUGAAGAGGCUCGGUUUAGUACGAGUUUCUCCUUUCAAGUUUGAUUUUGUUUCGGGAGUUGUGGUUGAUGCUCCUCUGCUAUGCGAUUUGAGCAUCAACGAUCACGUAUCGGAAAGCUUUAGCGUAAACAGUUUGAGGUCCAAUGCUAAGUUAGAUGUUUCCAUGUAUUUUGGAUUGAGGUGUUUUGAUGAAGAAAGUGUUUCAUCGAGGAGAAACAGCAUCCGAAGCUUUCUCUUAGGGGUUUCGAGUGUUAGGGAAAUGAUAAUAUGUCCACGCACCUUCAAGAUCAUCUACGAGUACUCGAAAUUAGAGCCGUUGCCUCGGUUUGAUUGCGUGUCACGUUUGUGCGUGACUCUCUGUGUGACCAAUUUAGAAUGGUUGUCAACUUUUCUCGAGAGCUGUCCGAAUCUGAAAGCCCUAAUCUUGGACUGGAAUGGUAACGCUAAGAAGAUGCCUAUCAAUAAGAUGAGUGGGAUCAGUUUUGCGUCAGUGCCCAAGUGUUUGUUAUCGUCUCUAGAGUUUGUUGAUGUUAAAAGCACAAUCUUUGGAUAUGCUGUGGAAAUGAAGGUGGUGAGAUAUUUGCUAGAGAAUUCGAGGAUCUUGAAGAAACUCACUCUGUAUUUGCAUUACCAUGCAAUCCAAGAUGACUUUGUUAUGAGACUCCGCGAGAUCAAGAGAGGCUCUGACGAGUGUCGAGUCGUCUUUAAUGGAUUGGUGAAGACUGUAUAG